AUACCAUCCCUCGACCGGCCACCUCUUCCCAAUUGCAUCGCAUCCCCAGGACUUGCCGGCCGGUCCAGAGACGGCGAUAAUGGGGGCUUCUGAGGUGUGGUCACCGGUGCCGGCCUGGCUGGCGAUCGCCGUCGGCUUGGCGGCCGUGGUUUCCUCGUCGGAGGCUCACGUCUUCUACGCCGGUGGCCGCGACGGCUGGGUCCUUGACCCCACCGAGAGCUACAACCAUUGGGCCGGGCGCAGCCGGUUCCAAGUGAACGACACCAUCGUGUUCACGCACGAGGAGGGCGUCGACUCUGUGCUGCUGGUGACGGAGCAGGACUUCGACACGUGCAACACGCGCAACCCGGUCCGGCGGCUCCAGGCCGUCGGCAGCAGCGGCAGUUCGGAGCGUUCGGUGUUCAAGCUCGACCGGUCCGGCCCGUUCUUCUUCAUCAGCAGCGACGAGGAACGGUGCCAAAAGGGCCAGAAGCUGUACAUAAUCGUGAUGGCGGUUCGCCGGUCGACGACGCCGGCGGCACCGGCACCCGACGCGGCGUUCCCGCCGGCGGCUUCACCGGUACCCGAUUCGGCGUUCCCGCCGGCGCCUUCACCGGUGUGGGCCUCGGCGCCCGACAACGCGCACGCUCCACCACCGACGGCGGGUGCGUCACGUUUGGACGACGGAGCGAUCAUCGGCUCUGUGCUUGGGGUUAUAGGAGCUUUGGUGCUCUGUACCGUGUACUAGAUCAGAAAUCAAGACUCCAAGGGGCGUUCCGUCUGUGUGGUUUUCACCGUCUCUUUUGCUAAUCAUGUUUCUUAAAAUCAUGAUUUUACAAUACAAUAGUAUAAUACAGUAGUUU